CACAUAAUGUUCCAAAUCAUGGCAUCUUUGGCUGCAGUUGUGAUCCUUAGCAUGUUUGUGUGGCUGUAUAACUCGGUAGUGGCCACGCCGCGGAGGCUGCGACGGCUUCUAAGGGAGCAAGGCAUCGGAGGGCCGCCGCCGGCUAAUUUCUUGCUGGGAAAUGUCUUGGAAAUCAAGAAGCUGACGCGGGCGCCGAAAACGACGGCGGAAGAUCCUCACAACUUUGCGGCUCAGCUGCAGACUAUUUUCCAUAAAUGGAGGCGGCAAUUCGGUGAUAUGUAUACGUUUACACUUGGUACUACACCGGUAUUAGUGGUCUUCGACUAUGAUGUGAUAAAAGAGUUAACUUCUUCCAAAUCGAUCGAUUUGGGGAGACCUUUAUAUCUGUCAAAAGAUUUGGGAUCAUUGCUCGGAAAAGGCGUUUCUGCAGCGAAUGGAAAACUAUGGGAAUAUGAGAGGAAGCUUAUGGCUCCCGGUGUAAACAUGAACAAAAUCCAGGGAAUGAAAAACUCUAUUCAACAAUCAGCAAUUAAGUUGAUAGAUUCAUGGAAAAUAUUGAUUGAUGAAGAAGGUGGUAAAGUAGAUAUCAAAGCUGAUACUCAUCUCCUUAAAUUCUCCGGCGAUGCGAUUUUAAGAGUUUGUUUUGGAAGUAAUUAUGUCGAAGGAGAACAAAUUUUGGAAAAGUUUCAAGAUAUUGUACAAGUUUCAGCUAACAAAGGUUUCUUUUUUGCCAUUCCAGGAAUGAGAUAUGUCCCGACGAAGCAGAACAGGAGAGAGUGGAAGCUCCGGAAAGAUAUCAAACAUUUGAUAUCCAAAAUACUAAUAAAAAAACAUGAAGCUCACAAUGAGGAAAAUAUGCUGAAAUUUAUACUUGAAGGAGCUAAAAAUAGCAAUCUGAGGCCGAAUGAAAUUGAGGAUUUUAUUAUUGAUAAUUGCAAAAGCAUAUUAUCAGCUGGAUACGAGACCCUUUCAGUUGCAGCUUCUUGGCUUCUGAUGCUCUUAGCUUCGAAUAGAGAAUGGCAAGAUCGAGUGAGAGAAGAGGUUCUCGGAGUUUGCAAAGGACAAGUUCCGGAUUUCGAUUCGAUCCGACACUUGAAACAACUGACGAUGGUGAUCUAUGAAUCGUUAAGGCUCUAUACUGGGGCGCAUAUAGGGUCAAGAUACGCAAUAAACGACCUUGAGUUCGCCAAUAUUCGUAUUCCGAAGGGUGUUAUUAUAUGGACAAUGACAACGACUUUGCAUACAGACCCAAACAUCUGGGGUCCAGAUUCUUACAAAUUUAAACCUGAGAGAUUCGCUAAUGGCAUUAGUGGUGCGUGCAAACUCCCACAUCUGUUCACGCCGUUUGGCUACGGUACAAGAAUAUGCUUUUCGCAUCUUGAAAAUCAAAAUAUAAUCUUUUAUGGGACGGGGGAGUAAUAUAAUCUUUUCGCAUCUUGAAAAUCAAAAUAUAAUAAAUAACCUCAUUGAUAUCGAGAUCAAGUUUAGAUAUAUAAUACAUGCACCUACCGCUGGCCCUAGUUUUUUAUAUGUAUAUAUAUGUAACACUUCAACUAUAAGUAUGACAUUUUGAAAUACUUCAUCCGUUCCAUAAGAAUAUAUACUAUUUCCUUUUUAA